AUGACACCCAAUGUUGCGCCUUCUCUGACGUCUCAUCUCCUAAGCAUCUGCGCGGGCCCAUUUGCGCAAGCAACACAGCGACCGUUCCUGUCGCAUGCCGGUUGUGGAUCGCUAGGAGCAGGACCGUUGUCGCAAUGGCUGGUACAAGACGGACACUAUGCGCGAGGCUACAUUCGCUUCAUAGGACAGCUUUUGGCCAAGAUAAGACUGCCGCAGACGCAGAACUCGCAGUUCCACCCCAUGUAUCGCACCAUGGACCUACUCAUCUCCGCGCUGAACAACAUGCGAAGAGAGAUGCAGUUCUUCGAGAUCACCGCGACCAAGUAUGGGCUUGCGUUGGGCAUGGAACCGCCUACGCCUAUUACGCGUGCCAUGCUCGAUCUUCUCGUGAGCGCGAGUAGUGCGAGCGCAUCGCUUUUAGAGGGUAUGGUCGUGCUAUGGGCAAGCGAACAUUGCUAUCGCUCCGCCUGGCAAUAUGCCGCCUCCUUCUCCAAUACCCUCUCCAACACCUCCACUGACUCGCACAUCGUCGCCCUCCACCAAGCCCUAAUACCGAACUGGACCUCCCCUGCCUUCAGCAAAUUCGUCGAGGCGACACGCGCGCUCGUCGAUGAGCUAGCAAACAUCACAACUACACGCGAUGGCAAAGAGGAAAUGUCGCGCUGCGAAGAGAUCUUCCGACAAAUGUGUUGGCUAGAAGAGCGCUUCUGGCCCGACGUCGACAACAUGGGUGAUAACAACGAGAGCGUGAGAAUGGGUCCACCGAUGGGCGGCCCCAUGAGCGCAGGCCUGGAGAACAACAUGCAUAAGAACAUGCCCAACGGCCUUCCCGUCGCAAUCAACGGAAACGGAGUCCACAACCACAAUCGGAACAACAGCAUGCCCGGCCCCAGCAUGAACAACAACGGUGUACCCACGAACAUCCACGGCAACCCCGUAAACGGCCGGAACAGCAUGAGCGGUCCCGUUCGUAACGCGAGCAUCAACGGCCCUAUCAAUGCGGCUAUCAAUAAGCACGACAGCACACCCGUCAACGAUAACCGGAAUCCCUUUGGUAUGCCCAACAGAGGCGGUAUGGACAAUGUUGGCCAAGGCUCAUAG